AUAGUUUCCAAAUCUUUAGAUAUAGAAUUGUAAAGUUUCUGGUUCUCCCGGUUUGCUACGAUCACACUCUCCCCUCUCCUCGAUGAUGGUGGCUUCAGCCGUAAAAGAAACGCUCGGAGACCUAAACAAGGAUUCUUUCGUCACCCUUCUCACCAAACUCAUAGGGGAAUCUAAAUAUGUUCAGAACAAUCCGCCGGACCUCAUCCCGGAGGAGGAUAGAAUCGUCCGCCAUGUUCGUGAAGCCCUCCUCCCGCACAGCACCGCCACCGGUGGCGGCCCACUCAUCCUCAACCAUGUCACGUAUAAACCCAAUAGAGGGAAUCUCAUAGUGGAGUACCCUGGAACUGAACCCGGAAAGAUCCUUUCUUUUGUUGGAAUGCACAUGGAUGUCGUCACUGCUAAUCCUUUUGAAUGGGAUUUUGAUCCAUUUUCAAUGAGCAUUGAUGGAGACAAGCUUCGAGGGCGUGGGACAACGGAUUGCUUGGGACAUGUUGCUCUUGUAACCGAGCUCAUGAAGAAGCUCGGGCAGACAAAGCCAAAACUUAAAUCCAGUGUGGUUGCUGUUUUCAUAGCCAGUGAAGAGAACUCUUCCAUUCCAGGAGUUGGUGUUGAUGCACUUGUUAAAGAUGGACUUCUUGAUAAGCUAAAAAAUGGACCUCUGUUUUGGAUUGACACAGCUGAUAAGCAACCUUGCAUUGGUACGGGUGGUAUGAUACCAUGGAAGCUUCAUGUUACAGGGAAGCUUUUUCAUAGUGGUCUAGCACACAAGGCUAUAAAUCCUUUUGAGCUAGCAAUGGAGGCACUCAAAGAGAUCCAAACAAGAUUUUACAAAGAUUUCCCUCCACAUUCUAAAGAACAAGUUUAUGGAUUCGCAACACCUUCAACCAUGAAACCUACUCAAUGGACAUACCCUGGAGGUGGGAUCAAUCAAAUUCCUGCUGAUUGCACGAUUUCAGGAGAUGUGAGGUUGACCCCUUUUUACAAUGUGCCAGAUGUAAUUAAGAAGCUAAAGGAAUAUGUAGAAGAUUUAAAUAAAAAUAUAGAGAAGAUUGCUACAAGGGGGCCCGUGUCAAAAUACGUCUUGCCAGAUGAAAACCUUAGAGGGAGAAUUGAGAUUUCGUUUGAUGAGGCAUCAUCAGGAGUUGCAUGUAACCUUGAGUCUCGUGGGUUCCAUGUGUUAUGUGAAGCUACUAAAGAUGCUGUUGGCCAUGUGAAACCGUAUUCCAUAACUGGAACUUUGCCACUUAUACGAGAAUUACAAGAUGAAGGUUUUGAUGUUCAAACUGCAGGCUAUGGAUUGAUGUCUACUUACCAUGCGAAAAAUGAGUAUUGCCUUCUUUCGGACAUGUGUCAAGGGUACAAGGUGUUUACUGGUAUAAUUGCUCAGCUAGAGGAGUGAUUUUGUCUUUUUAAACACCCUUUUACUUAGCAUCAUGACAUUCUCAAAAUUUAAACUAUAAUCAUGUCUAGUUUCGUUUGAACUGAGUAUUUGCCAUUUAAGUAGUAGAAACUUUGCGUUUAUUAAGUUUGAAA